UGUCAUUGUCAUGGUCCAGGAGCAAAGGCGCCAUGCCAUGCAAGAUGGAAGACAUGCAGCGCACGUCAGCCCGGGCGCCGAGCUGGACAAUGAGCUGGAGGAAAGGCGCCUCAUGCAUCCUUACAGGCUUCCUCUUCCUUUGCCAACGGCUGGAUUGGGGUCAGCUCUUCCAAUCAGUUUUUUGUCAGCGCAGCAUUGCAAUACGGCCUGGAAGAGGAAGCGAAGACGCAGUUGGACUUGAAGAGAAGGUCCUAUUCCUAGCUUAAUCUACAAAGUGCUGAUCAAGUACCUCUUGUUGAAUUGGGGUUCUUGAGGCAGACGAAGAUGAAUGCUUGCAGUGCAAGCACCUCUCAGGUGCCGUUGAGAUGCACGGCGAUGAUGUCAUCAACGUCAGCAAGAUUGCAGAACCGGAGUGACAUGGGCGUGGUUUCCUUAGCCUGCCCUUCGAGCAAGUCUUUGCGUCAGAAAAGCUGCUGCAAGCCAAGUGGGCCGUCUACCAUCUCAGCAGCUGAAGCCAGCUUGAGCUGCUCCCAGCUAGUCAUCCCAGGCCACACCAGCUCUGACCAGUCGUUUUUGAGAACCUUUAGGCGUUCCCAACUCAGAGCAGCCACAUGCAAAAAGCAUACAACGCGCCUGAGCUCUGAAGAAAGGCAGUCAAUCCGUGCGGCUGCAAGCAAUGGCAGAGGGGAUCCCCCUGAAAAGAAGAAGCCAAGAAACAAAGUUGCUGUGGAGCCGACACUUGGCGACAGAGUGAUGGCUGCAACUACCAAGCUUCUGAAUGUGACCGCAUAUCCGUUGGGGAUAGCCGGGCUGGUUGUUGUGUUGCCGGCCGUAUGGGGGGUCCGCUUAUAUAAGGCGUUGACGAUGGAGCCUCUGGAUAUGAAGGACAAGGUGGUCGUGGUUACUGGAGCCUCAUCAGGUAUUGGAGAGCACAUGGCAUACGAGUACGCACGUCUCGGCGCACGGUUGGGGCUGGUGGCUCGGAGGGGGGAGAAGCUGGAGGAAGUUGCCGAGGAAGCCAGGUUGAUGGGUGCUCCAGACGUGUUGGUAAUUGAGCAAGACCUUGGAACCGAAGAGGGCUGUAAGGCAGCGGUUGACGCAGCACUUGCGCACUUCAAAAAGAUUGAUACCCUGGCCUUGAACGCGGGGAUGUUCCAUGCGUAUCUCUUCACAGACGCCACCGACACGAAACGCUUCGAUUCCAUCAUGGACGUCAAUUUCUGGGGUUACGUCUACAUGACAUACCACGCGUUGGAGCAUCUGCAGAAGAACCGCGGCCAGAUCGUGGUCAACUCAUCCGUCUCCUCCAUUGUGCCCCAGCCGCGAAACUCCAUCUACAAUGCAUCCAAGGCCGCGGUGACCAACUUUUUCCACACUCUCCGCAUCGAGCUCGGGGAUAGCGUACCGAUCACCAUCUUCUCCCCCGGGGUCACCAAGAGCGAGCUUUCCGACGGCAAAAUGUCGCAGGCCGAGGGGAAAGUGCCCGGGCCGGAGAAGGCACGAGAUCUUAGAAAUGAGCAACUGGGGCUCUACCCCAUUGUCCCGACCGCCAUGAUGGCCCGGGACGCUGUCAAGGCCGCCCGGUACAAGAAGCACGACAUUAUCCUCCCAGUCUGGUACAACAUGCUCGGGGUCUACCGGGCACUCGCCCCCGAGGUGCUCGACGUCGGCCUUCGCCUGUGGAUCGUGCAAGAUCCUCCCAUGGCGAAACGUGUAAUCGAUACGUUCAAUAUUAAAGUCGGCCAGCCGACGAAAGACCAGUACGAGGCAGGAGGCUUCCCAAAAGCGGACAAGAGCGAAGAGGACAAGAGCGAGGAGAAGCAACGGGAGAAGGCGGGCUCUCGGCGCUAGUUGAGUUGACUUGGGUUGUAGUCGUUCAUUUUGCGCGCAUUUGUACAGUGUUUUUCAAUUGUUGAAAUAGCGUUUUCCGGUUGCGGCAGCUGCAUGACGCGUUGGUUAUCAAAUUGAUCAGUGGUAUUGUGUCAUUAAUCAGGACAUUACAGUGUGUUUGCGCGAGUUGUUCAUUUUCCGAGGACGAUGGGCCGUCGUUUUUGAGUUUGUGUUUUAGAAAAAUUGCACUGCAUGCAAUUUGUUGUACAGGUGCGAGACAAUUUUAGGCUCGAGACAAAGAGCUGAAGAGAGCGAGUUGUGAUCGGUGAUGCGUUUACUACACGACUUUGUACACAAAAUCCAAUGGUUUUGCUGCUAACUAGUACAGUAC